CCACCCUCAUAGCUUCCUCUCUCUCUCCUCUCUCUCUCUACAUAUAUAUACAUAGCACCACAGAUCAGACUAGUUGAUCCCUCUUUUCUGAGCUUUAUUUUCUGUCUGACCCUGUAAAAAUUCCAUCUUUGAGAAGCAUCAUUAAUCAUGCCUGAGGCACCGAAGGAGUCCCACAAAUCCGCUGAGUACAGUGUGGCGGAGAACAACAGGAAGAAGCUGGAGUUCAUUGAGGAUGUUACUAAAAACGCUGAUGAGGUUCAGAAACGUGUUCUUGCUGAAAUCCUCUCCAGGAACGCCGAUGUUGAGUACUUGAAGAGGCACGGCCUCAACGGACAUACUGACCGGGAAACUUUCAAGAAAAUCAUGCCAGUUAUAACCUAUGAGGACAUUCUGCCGGAUAUCAACCGCAUCGCCAAUGGCGAUACGUCUCCUAUUCUCUGCUCGGAGCCCAUCUCCGAGUUCUUGACAAGUUCUGGGACAUCUGCUGGGGAAAGGAAAGUGAUGCCGACAAUUGAGGAAGAACUGGAGAGGAGAUCAUUGCUUUACAGCCUUCUGAUGCCUGUAAUGAGCCAAUUUGUGCCUGGUUUGGACCAAGGCAAAGCCAUGUAUUUCUUGUUCAUAAAAUGUGAGACCAAGACCCCAGGUGGGUUGCUGGCUCGCCCUGUUUUAACAAGUUACUACAAAAGCUCCCAUUUUAAGGACAGACCCUUCGACCCCUACACAAACUACACCUCUCCAAAUGAAACCAUUCUCUGCGCUGAUUCUUACCAAAGCAUGUACUCUCAAAUGCUCUGUGGCCUUUGCCAGAACAAGGAAGUCCUCCGGGUCGGGGCGGUUUUCGCCUCGGGCUUCAUUCGGGCCAUCCGGUUCUUGGAAAAGCACUGGACCCUUCUUUGCCAUGAUAUCAGAACCGGGACUGUUAAUUCCCUCAUCACUGACCCAUCAGUGAGGGAGGCAGUGAUGAGGAUCCUCAAACCCGACCCGAAACUGGCAGAUUUCAUUGAGUCCGAAUGUAGCAAGGAAUCAUGGCAAGGGAUCAUAACUAAGCUGUGGCCUAAUACCAAGUACAUAGACGUUAUAGUAACUGGGACCAUGUCACAAUACAUUCCAACUCUUGAUUACUACAGCGAUGGUCUCCCACUUGUGUGCACAAUGUAUGCUUCCUCAGAGUGUUAUUUCGGUGUGAACCUUAACCCUCUUUGCAAGCCCAGCGAGGUCUCUUACACCCUUAUUCCCACCAUGUGCUACUACGAGUUCUUGCCUGUUCACAGAAACAAUGGUCUCACCAACUCCAUCUCCAUGCCCAAAUCCCUCAAUGAGAAGGAGCAACAAGAAUUGGUUGACUUAGUCGAUGUCAAGCUCGGACAGGAAUAUGAGCUUGUUGUCACCACUUAUGCUGGACUAUACCGGUACAGAGUCGGUGACGUGCUUCGUGUUGCUGGAUUCAAGAACAAUGCCCCUCAAUUCAACUUUGUUUGCAGGAAGAAUGUAGUCUUGAGCAUAGAUACAGAUAAGACUGACGAGGUUGAGCUCCAAAAUGCAGUGAGGAACGCGGUGAGCCAUCUGAUGCCGUUCGGCGCCCGUCUCACCGAGUACACUAGCUAUGCCGAUACAACCACAAUUCCGGGCCACUAUGUGCUCUACUGGGAGCUCAGCCAAAUGGGCUCAACCCCAAUCCCUCCAUCAGUUUUUGAAGAUUGUUGCCUAACCAUCGAAGAGUCCCUCGACAAUGUCUACCGCCAGAACCGGGUCUUCGAAGCCAUCGGCCCUCUCGAGAUCAAGAUUGUCGAAACCGGGACCUUCGAUAAGCUCAUGGACUAUGCCAUUAGCCUAGGAGCCUCAAUCAACCAGUACAAAACACCACGGUGCGUGAAAUUUGCACCCAUUGUUGAGCUGUUGAACUCAAGGGUGGUGUCUAAGUAUUUCAGUCCAAAAUGCCCCAAAUGGACAACUCCUGGUCUCAAGCAAUGGAGCAAUAUCAACUGAGGACUUCACCUCCAAAACCACCCACCAACAAAAGAAAAAACAAAAAGAAAUGGGAUAAGAAAAAAGAACUGUUUUUGUUAUCAUUUUAGUAGCUUAGAACUUAAUCCUUCUACUCCCACCCCCACCCCUUAGGUUAACCAAUCAUUUUUAUGUUCUUCACUUAUGAUUCUAGUAUUUUAACCGUACGUUGUUUAUGAUGUUAGAAUCUUGAUUAGCAGCAGCAGCAGCUCCCCAUGUACAAAAACAGUUCCUAUUUGAAGGAAGGCUUUUCUUUCUUUAAAU